AUGCAGCCGCCGCCCGCCGAGAUGCACCCCGCCGUCGACGCCGCCGCCUCCGCCUCCACCGCGCCGGCCGACACCACCGCCAGCGCCGCAGUCCCCGCAUCCGAUCCAUCCCCGCCCCCGCCGGCGCCGGCGGCUGAGACGGUCGAUCCGCCGCCCCCGCCGCCCGCGCCGGCGCCCAAGACGGUCACCUGGAGCGAGAAGCUCACGUCCGACUCGCCGACGCACGUGCACGCCGCCGCCGCGGCGGAGUCUAGCCAGUACGUGUCCCGCGGGCCCGCAUCCUCCUCGUCUAAGGGCGCCGUGGAGGCGAUGAAGGAGACGCUGUCGAGGUGGGGGAAGUCGUGGGGGGAGACCACCAAGAUGGUCGAGAGCCUCAGCCGCGACACGUGGCAACACUUCAAGACUGGACCUAGUUUUACUGAAGCUGCUAUGGGACGCCUAGCACAAGGGACUAAAGUUUUAGCAGAAGGAGGCUAUGAAAAAAUAUUUAAGCAGACCUUCGAAGUUCUUCCAGAUGAGCAGCUGAAAAUAUGCUAUGCGUGCUAUCUCUCAACAUCAGCAGGUCCUGUCAUGGGAGUCUUGUAUAUUUCUACAGCGAAGAUUGCUUUCUGCAGUGACAAUCCUCUGUCAUACAAAGCUGGAAAUAAAACUGAAUGGAGUUACUACAAGGUGGUCAUUCCUCUUCACCAGCUAAGAGCAGCUAAUCCUUCAGUAAGCAAAGUAAAUCCCGCUGAGAAGUACAUUCAGGUCGUUUCCGUUGAAGGCCAUGAGUUCUGGUUCAUGGGUUUUCUAAUGUACGACAAGGCUGCAGCCAGUCUUCAAGAAGCCUUGGCUAGUGCUCGCGAGUUGCAACCGUAA